GGUAAGAAUCCAGAAUGUUCCCUCUGCUUCUAGUUCUACGCUUAUAAGCCCUAAACCAACCCUCUCUCUCCGAAUCGAUCGGAUCCCCCAAUCAUUCAUUGCUCAUGGCUUCUUCAGCUGCCGCCACUUUGUUCUCCCUCUCUUGGUCUAAUCCUGCUGCCGCCGCCUCUGGCGCCUCUCCGCCGUUGAUGCCCACUCGUCGUCUUCCUUCCACGGUCUGCCACUUCCCGGAGUCGUACUCUCUUCGCUGGUCUGAGCGGUCCCAAGCCCUCGCCGCCGCCUACAGAAGAAGAGACGAUCUCAAGGCAAGGGCACAGAUGAAUGAAUCUCAAGGUUUGUCACCAGUAGAUGCAUUGGCAAAUGUGAAGCAUUUACUUCUUCCCAUCACAGAUCGAAAUCCUUACCUAUCAGAGGGAACAAGACUGGCUGCUUCAACUACCACGUCCCUUGCAAAAAAGUAUGGUGCUGACAUAACAGUAGUUGUUAUUGAUGACAAGCCAAAAGAAUCAAUCCCCGAGCAUGAUGCUCAAUUGUCUAGCAUCAGAUGGCACCUUUCUGAAGGUGGAUUUAAGGAGUUCGGCUUGAUGGAACGACUGGGGGAAGGGAAGAAGCCAACUGCUAUAAUAGGCGAGGUUGCCGACGACUUGAAUUUGGAUCUCGUGGUCUUAAGUAUGGAGGCCAUUCAUUCGAAGCAUGUCGAUGCAAAUCUAUUGGCAGAGUUCAUUCCUUGCCCUGUGUUACUCUUGCCUCUCUAGAUGACAAAAUAUCCUGGUUGCUCGGCGAUGUAAAUCUUUGCAAUUUCGGAGAAUUAUUGAUCUUCUUUGUCAUCAUCUACACUACCAAGCACAUUUUCUGAAAAUAGGAUGCAUUAGCUAUAAGCUUGCAUCAAGAUCAAACACAUAUAUAUAAGUUUAAUAAAGUAGUAGCAGGAUGGCCAGCAUUUUCAGCAA